UCCUAAGCGGUCACACUGCGUUCAAUGAAAACCAAAACAAUUGUAUUUAUGAACAAAAUUGAGAAUACCUGGUUUAAAAAAACCUUUAAAAUUAGUUAAAGCCUAAAACAUGAAAGUGGAAAUCUGUCGAGUUUGUCUGGAAGCGUCGGAGGAGAUGGUGAAUAUAUUUGAUGGCAUCCCAGGCAAAAGAAUUUCUAUUGCUGAAAUGAUUUCCCAGUGCACUGGAUUUCGCGUUUCUAGAGGGGAUGCGUUUCCCAAAACUAUAUGUUUGCCUUGCAAGGAGGAUGCGACAAAUGCAUAUGAGAUAAAACAACUUUGCGAGACGAACCAGCGGGCCUUCUGGCAGCUUAAAAAGGAUAUCGAGGAGGAGACGGACCUACUGGUGGAAGAAAUCAGCGACAAAUCAAGCACGGAAGCUAUCAAGUAUCAUUGCGAAGUGGAAAAUGAAGAAAUCGAAUCAGAAAGAGAUAGGUUCCACGGGCUAGUAAAGAACGAGCCAAUUGAAGAUGACGUCUUCGAGGAAGAUUCCCUCAAUUUUUCUGACUGUGACAAUCAGAUCGACAUCGAAGUGAAAACUGAGGAAUGCAAUGAUUCUUUGCCAGCCAAUGAUCAGCCUCUUGGGAAUAUUGUUAAUGAUGCGGAUAAGACGCAACCUCCCCUGAAAAAAGUUCAACAUCCGUGUCCACAUUGUCAGAAGCCUUUUUCAAGAAAUGCAGAUCUGAAGCAACACAUCCGAACCCACACAGGAGAACGGCCCUUUAAAUGUUCCCACUGUUCGAAGGCUUUUGCACAGUUCGGAUGUCUUCAGAUACACAUUCGAAUGCACACUGGAGAACGACCGUACACAUGUUCCUUUUGUCAAAGUCUUUUCUACGACUCGGAGGUUAUAAGCAACAUCUCAGAAUCCACACAGGAGAACGACCUUACAAGUGUUCCCACUGCGAAAAAUCCUUUGCUCGAUUUGAAAACCUUAGGCAACACAUCCGAACCCACACAGGAGAACGGCCCUUUAAAUGUUCCCACUGUUCGAAGGCUUUGCACAGUUCGGAUGUCUUCAGAUACACAUUCGAAUGCACACUGGAGAACGACCGUACACAUGUUCCUUUUGUCAAAAGUCUUUCUACGAGUCGGAGGUUAUAAGCAACAUCUCAGAAUCCACACAGGAGAACGACCUUACAAGUGUUCCCACUGCGAAAAAUCCUUUGCUCGAUUUGAAAACCUUAGGCAACACAUUCGUACCCAUACAGGAGAACGACCCUACAAGUGCCCCCAUUGCGAAAAGUCGUUUCAACACAUCGGGCCUCUUCAUAUACACAUCCGAAAGCACACUGGAGAUCGACCUUUCAAGUGUUCCCAAUGCCCAAAAGCCUUUGCAGCCAAGCAACAGCUUCAGCAACACAUCAAAACCCACACAGGAGAAAAGCCUUACCAGUGUUCCAUUUGCCAACAGACUUUUACACGAAAGGCAAACCUUAAGAGGCACAUCCGUCAGAUACACACAAAAGAAAAGCCUUAAAAUGAUCUUUAUCAGUUAAUUUUAUGAAUAUUGAUUAUGUGAGCCUGGGUUUGAAAUCUUUAAUUCGCUGUUUUAUUCUAUUGUAUAUUUAUUAUAUUAAACUUAAUUUGUUAAAUUU